UAUCUGAGAAAGAACUCAAACUGCUCAAGUCUCCAACAAACUACAGUUCAUCAAACUCGGAUGUUCGACGCUUGAACAAAGGUCGUGUGAAGCCUGUGAAAUGCAGACAGAGCACAUCUUCCUCUUUCCAAUCCAUGGCAGAUUGUGAGUUAUCCGAAUCCUCCAGUGACACGGAUGUAAAAGUCUUGAGGCUAAAAAAGAAAAAAAAUGGUGGUCGAGUCUACGAUAAGAGGCAGUACUGUCUGUACUGUUUUAAACCAUAUGCCAAAAUUGCACGGCACUUGGAUAAGAAACACAGCAACUUGGAGGAGGUAGCACGAGCAUUCAGUUAUCCAAAAGGAUCAGUGGAGAGAAAGCUGCAGAUAACUCUAAUUCGAAAUAAAGGCAAUCGUCGCCACAACUUUGAGGUCCUGGAGGAGGGUAAAGGGGUGAUGGUUCCCUCUCAACAAAGCACUGAACCAGUGAAUGCAAAAGACUAUUUGCACUGCACAUACUGUGAGGCAUUACUCAAAAGGAAAGUGUUGUGGCGGCACAUGAAAAAAUGCAAAUUGGCAAAGAAAAGCAUGAAGCCAGGCAGAACCAGAGUGCAGUCACUUUGUGCUGCUGGACAGCCUGUCCCAAAGGAGAUCAAUGACAAAGUCUGGUGCCUAGUAAAUGGCAUGAAUCAAGACAACAUAACAGACACAAUUCGGCAAGAAAAAUAUAUUCUGAAGUUAGGAGAACACUUCUAUAACAAAAAAGGGACAGACAAAAGCCAACACCAAUAUAUCAGACAAAAAAUGCGGGAAAUGGGAAGAUUAGUUCUCCUAGCAAAGACCCAUGGCAAGCUGAAAACAAUACAUGACUUCUUUCUGCCAGCAAACUUCUGCCACGUUGUGAAAGCUGUGAAGAUGGUCUGUGGAUGGAGUGAAGAUACCAGCAGUUUCAAGAUUCCAUCCUUGGCGCUCAAACUAGGCCAUAGUCUAACUAAAAUAGCAGAUAUUGCAGAGUUUGAAGCAAGGAUGUCAGAGAACAAGAAGGCCCUUGAAAAUGUGAUGACGUUCAGGACAUUGAAAGAGAAUAAAUGGGAUGAGUGGGUGUCUUCGCAUGCACUGAGGAACCUCAGAGAGUCGAAGUGGAAUAAACCUCUUCUUAUCCCCUACUGUGAAGAUGUUGUGAGACUGCACAACCACAUUGACACAGAAAGGCCCAAGUAUCGAUCCAAUCUUGAAACUGCACCAAAUAAGAGGAACUGGUUAAAUCUUGCUAAACUAACACUUUGUGAAGUGAUCGUCUUCAAUCGUAGGAGAGAGGGAGAAGUUUCAAAGAUGUCCCUGAAUGACUUCAUGUUGAGAAACACCUUUGCCAGUAAUCCAGAUCUUGAUCUUGCCUUGACUGACAUGGAAAAGAAGCUCUGCAAAUACUUUGAGCGUGUGGAAAUCAAAGGUAAGCGGGACAGAAAGGUCCCUGUCUUACUCAGCCCAGACAUGGUGUCCUCCAUACAGAUGCUGGUGAGAUAUCGACGACAAUGUGAUGUGCCAGAUGAGAAUGUGUAUUUGGGUGGGUUAUCAACCCUGCUAUAUAGUUAAAAACAAAACAGGUCAAUGUUGCCAUGGCUUGUGUUCUCAUAGUUCAUGGAGAGGAUGAUUUAGUAUAUUCAGUGCUUCAAGUGAGCUUUUCUAACAUUGCAUCUUUAUGUUUUUCC